AUGGCGACGCCGCCUCCCGAGGCCACCUCUGUUCCCAAGGAGGAGAAGCCUCAACUGCCGCCGUCGCCGAAUGGUGUAUCUUCAGACGAGGUUGGCCAUACUAGUGUGAAAGAUUCAGUGGCAGAUGCCAAACCUGAUACUCACACCAAUGGCGCAGAGAAACCAACAGAGAAGUCUGAAGAAAAGCCUGCAGAGGCUAAGGUGAAUGGUCACAAUGCGAACCAACCUUCUCUCUCCAACGGCGUAAACACCACCGCGUCGCCUCCGAAGUCGCCAACACUGCCUUCCGCCGAGACUGCCGCGAAGCCGGCUCCGUCCGCUGAUGAAUCGAAAACCGAAUCCACUCCUGCAGGAGAAGCGGCCAAGGAUGCUACUGAAGAGAAACCUGCCGCCAGCCAGCCAUCUGCACAGGAUUCCACAAGCAACGGCACUGGCAUUGACAAUGCUGCUCCGAAAGACACACAAACACCCAAGGACACGCCGAAGUCUUCGGCCGAUCCUACACCCGAAAACAAACCGGAGAACAGUGCUCAACCAUCGCAAGAUUCUUCUGCUAUGAAAACUGAACUUCCUCACCAUCCAUCCACUCCUGCGAAGUCCGAUGGCACACCUGGAGCCGGGGCAGCGGGUGGCGCGCCACAAGUUCAGCCUCUGCAGACCGUUGAUCAAGAAAUGCGAGACGCCCCAGCUGUGCCGACGUCUCCAACCAAACUCUCCAGAGAACGCGAGCCAGACCCGAGCGAUGAGCCUGCUGCAAAGCGCACUAAAGUAGGAGGCGAGGGAGCAACAUCGUCUGAUUUCAAGGUUCCCAAACUGCCCACACCGUCAGCACCGGCUAGUACUACCACAAAUAGGGCGCCGAGUAUGACCAAGAUGCAGCACAAGUUCCUUCUCAAAGGUAUUCAGAGCCUCAAGCGCAUGAAUGACUCGCGCUUUUACCGGGAACCCGUUGAUCCAGUCAAAAUGAACAUUCCACACUAUCCCCAGAUCAUCAAGCGUCCCAUGGACCUUGGAACCAUUGAGCGCAGGUUGAAGGCAAACGACUACAAGACUGCUGAUGCUGUCAUUGAAGACUUCUACCUCAUGGUUCAGAACGCCUUGACAUUUAACGGUCCUGACCACUUGGUUGCUCAAGAAGGUCAGAAGCUCAAAGCCACUUUUAGCAAGCAGAUGGUCAACCUCCCCAGGCCUGACGAGGUGGAGGAGAAGAAGCCCAAAAAGAUCUCUAGUAGCAAACCACCACCCUCAGCACCUCGCCGCGAGCGGCCCAACCCCCCACCUGCCGCUCGCCCGGCAGCCGAAUCUCCUCAAGCAACUACUUUUGCUCUCGGCCCUGAAGGCUUACCUCUGAUUCGUCGUGAUUCCACCAAUGCUGAUGGCCGGCCUAAGCGCUCCAUCCAUCCUCCGAAACGUGACCUUCCCUACUCCACCAAGCCAAAGAAGAAGAAGUAUCAGUGGGAGCUGAGGUUCUGCCAAGAGGUUUUGGAUGACCUUUACAAAUCAAAACAUUAUACCUACGCCAUGCCUUUCUACUACCCAGUGGAUCCCGUCGCAUUAAACAUCCCAACCUACCAUAGUGUCAUCAAGAAGCCUAUGGAUCUUUCGACUAUUCAGUCUAAGUUGAAGACUGGCCAGUAUGAAAACGCCAAGGAAUUUGAGCUUGACAUGCGCCAAAUAUUUAAGAACUGCUUCAAGUUCAACAUCCCGGGUGAUCCUACCUACAUGGCUGGACAAAAGUUCGAAGAAGUUUUCAAUUCGAAGUGGUCGCAGAAGACUCGCUACCUUGAAGCUCAUGAGCCUCACCCUGAGCAUCAGAGCGUUGAUUCCUCUGAUGAGGAAAGUGAAGAGGAAGCCGAAGAAAGCGACGAGGAUGACGAGAAACUCAGCCUUUUGCAGAAGCAAAUUGCGGAGAUGUCCCGUCAAGUCGAGGCAAUCACCCAGAAGAAGAAAAAGACCCCGCCUGGGUCGAAGAAGGUUGGCAAAUCUUCAAAGCCUGUAAAGAAGGAUCCUUCGAAGAAGCCUACCAGCAGCGUUGGCUUUGGCAAGAAGGACAAGAGGAGCACCAAGCCAGCCAAGCCCGAAAAGCAGCGCUGGGUCACGUAUCACGAGAAGCAGGUCAUUUCCAACGGCAUCAGUAGUCUUCCCGAUAAGAAGAUGCAGGAAGCUCUCAAGAUUAUCCAAAGUAACGUUCCGGCUCUUAAGGGUACACAAGAAACCGAGAUCGAACUGGAUAUUGAUGAGCUUCCCAACGACGUGUUACUCAUGCUACUUAAAUUCGUUAAGAAGAAUGCACCACAGGUGAUGGAAGAUGAAGAUAUCCCCAUGCCGACAACAACCGCGAACAACGCCCCUCCUCCAAAAGCCAAGAAGAAUAAGCCGAUGAGCAAGUUUGAGCAAGAAGCCCAGAUCAGCAUGCUUGCCAAUAAUCUUUCUCGCUUCCAGGGAGGCGGUGGCCGUUCUCCGGACCCAGUUCCUUCUGUCGAGGCCAAUGAAAGUAGCGACGAUGACUCAGAAGAUGACUCCGAGGAGAGCGAGGAAGAGUAA